AUGUCGACCAUCGAAUCACAAGAGAAGCUCGAAGAAGACAUUCGUCCGGACCAGGAUGUCAUCUAUACGUCAGCACUCGCAGAGCUCGAAGCCCCCAAGACGAGGACUUGGCUACAGACGCUUUCAGUUUUGAUUUCUGGUGUUGCUCUUUUCUCUGAUGGUUACACCAACACCGUCAUGGCAAAGCUGUAUCCCUCAGCGCUGAACACGACUAUGAAGACGCGCUUGAGUAAUUCCAUCCUCAUCGGCGACAUCUUCGGAAUGAUUCUCUUUGGCUUAUGUGCCGAUCGCCUCGGUCGUAGAUGGGGUAUUGUCGGCUGUACAUUCUUCUUGGUACUCGGUGUCACUCUCGCUACCGCCGCCCAUGGUUCAACAGAGACCGGCAUGCUGUGGAUGAUAGUGGUUGGACGAGGGGUCGCUGGUCUUGGAGCUGGGGGUGAAUACGCCGUGUGCACUACGAGUGCUGUCGAGGCUGCAGAUGAGACUCUCGCUCUACGCAGAAAGAGAGGACUUCUUGUCGCUACCAGUACCAACGUUGCCAUCAUUUCUGGUUUUGUUGGAUCCGCUAUCGUCUUCCUCAUCGUCCUCGCCGCCUAUGGAGGUACAGCGCAUGUGGGAGUAUGGCGUAUUUGUUUCGGUAUUGGGAUUUUUAUGCCUUUGACCAUCUUCUUCCUUCGAAUGCGCAUGGUCGACUCGUCUCUCUAUUCAAAGCACGGCAUUAAAAGUUCGAAGUUCCCGUACAAGCUGGCUUUCAAACGUUACUGGAAACCUCUCCUAGGCUGCUCUUUGGUAUGGUUUUUAUACGACGCCGUCGUCUACCCUUUCAAUCUACUGGCCCCCACAAUCGCCUCAGGCUUUAGCGAUAACCGAACGCUCAUCGAGUCCAAUGGAUGGGGCGCCCUCGUGAACGCAUUUGCUCUUCCUGGUGCCAUCUUUGGAAGUCUAUUGAUUGAUCGUCUCGGCCCUCGAAAGACCUAUGCUUUCGGUCUCGGUAUGGUUGCCAUAUUCGGGUUCACCAUCGGAGGUGCUAUGGAGCCGCUUCGAAACAACGGUACCGGCGCCUUUGCCGCCUUUGUCGUCCUGUUCGGUCUCUUCCAAUGCUUCCUCUCUGUCGGGCCUGGCAAUUGCAACUUUCUGGUAUCAUCCGAAUCAUUCCCUACCCCCAUUCGUGGCCAAUUUCUCGGUCUCGCCGCUGCUUUCGGGAAAGCCGGCGCAGCCGUCGGUACUCAAGUAUUCCCCCUCAUCCAAACCCGGUUUUCGACGACUAUCAAGGGACAGCAAGCUAUCUUUCUCAUCGGCUCUGGUAUCUGCAUCAUGGGUGUGAUAGUGGUGAUGACGUUGGUGCCCGAUCGUAGGGAUCAGCUCGAAGAUGAAGAUAUGGAAUUUAGACGGUAUUUGGAGGAAAAUGGUUGGGAUACUUCAGAUAUGGGUGUUGGUGCUGUCGAGUCGGGAAGCAAAGGGGUAGUCAUUGCUGAGGUCAACUAG